CGGCAUAGCGCCAAUCACGGGGAACAUUGCGAGGCGCGGAAGAAUCUCACGCAGACUCCUCCCCUUCCGGUGGGGGAGAAGUGACCCAACAUCUCCCUCCGCGCGGCAAGCGGGUGGCCUGGGCUCGGCGGCGGCAGCGAGGAGCGGAGGGAGCCGGACCGGGCCGGCCGGGAGACCCUUCCCCCUCCCCCGGCGGCGGGAUGUUCAAGAACACGUUCCAGAGCGGCUUCCUCUCCGUGCUGUACAGCAUCGGCAGCAAGCCCCUGCAGAUCUGGGACAAGAAGGUGCGGAAUGGCCAUAUCAAAAGAAUCACCGAUAACGAUAUCCAGUCACUGGUGCUGGAGAUUGAAGGCACCAACGUCAGUACCACGUACAUCACCUGCCCUGCUGACCCAAAGAAGACACUGGGCAUCAAACUGCCCUUCCUGGUGAUGAUCAUUAAGAACCUAAAGAAAUACUUCACCUUUGAAGUGCAGGUGUUGGAUGAUAAGAACGUGCGCAGGCGCUUCCGGGCAAGUAACUACCAGAGCACAACCCGGGUGAAACCCUUCAUCUGCACCAUGCCCAUGCGGCUGGAUGAUGGCUGGAACCAAAUUCAGUUCAACCUGUCCGAUUUCACACGCCGCGCCUAUGGCACGAACUACAUCGAGACCCUGAGGGUCCAGAUCCAUGCGAACUGUCGCAUCCGGAGGGUGUAUUUCUCUGACAGACUCUACUCGGAGGAUGAGCUUCCAGCUGAGUUCAAGCUGUACCUUCCUGUUCAGAACAAGGCCAAGCAAUAAACUGCAUUGGAAAGACACACGAGAACGCGCCAUGGCUCGGUAUGAACAUGAAGGCAGGUGGAGGAGACUGUCCUAAUGAAACACAAUUAGCUAAAUUCACUCUGCAUAGGGUAACUAUUGAAUAAUUUGGUAUCCCUUUCCUGGGCAGGACACAACUAACCAUGUAAUAAUACUGGAAUUGCAUUGUACGUCCAUAGGUAGCACAGAAUCAGAGUAUUUAUCUGGCUGUUCCUAAAAGCGGAGUCUAAACACUGCGAGUGACGCGGUACCUAAUCUUUGCCUCGCUUGGGGGAGUUACCAAGUCAAUGAGAGUAGCGUGUCUGAAGAGAGGAUCUGGUGUGGAAUUACAGGGUUAAGUGUGCCCUCUCAAAGAUACCAAUGUGUUUUUCCUUUCCUGGUUUUCCAUCUUUAUUUUAUAUGUGCUCUAAAUAUGGAUGUAAUACUCACACUUUGAAAGUUUAUUAAACAUUUUGAUUCUGUUUGUAA